AUGACAAGAUCAAAGGAAUUGAUAAGCUUCACUUCAGAUCUGAAAUUUAUCUGGAAGCAAAAUCCUAUUAUGAUUAGCGAACAAGAAGCUUUAAAGCGAGAACAGACUAUUGACAACAUUUUCACAAUAGAUUGGUUACAAAAAACAUUUAAAACUGUUAUUGUUGUCGGGGAAGAACUAUGGGAGGUCUCGAAUUACUCUUCUGUCAAAGCAAUAGGAAGUAACGACGAUGGUUCAAUUGAAACAUUUUUCAGUACCGAUAGGGAUGAAUGUGAGUUGGCUGUGAAGGGAAAAGAUCGUCAGAAAUAUGAAUGGAAUUGUGAUUCUGUGAGUUUUGAUUCGAAAUAA